UCUUUCCUUAUUUUUAACCCUUCAAGGUCGUUCGGUGCUACAAGGUCAAGGUAGGUCAUACUGAUCGCAAAUUAUCGAGUUCCUUCGGUUGUAGUACUCCGUUUAUGUGUACCUGAUUUAUGUUAUCUUUUAAGUAACAGCAGUGGUUCUCCUGGCUCACGUCAACCUUCGAAAAUAUCCACUGAAGGAGGUAAUAGAUUAUUGUACAUCCUAAAUUAAAUAACUUAUGCUUUGGUAACCUUUACGAUGACAUGCACUGCAAGAGAUUAUAAAUGCUGUUGCACUUUUAAAAAAAUUUUUUUGAGCAAAUUACCUCAGACUGACCAAAUAAAACAAGUGCCGUUAAUACGUAUCCCCGAACACUGCCUACUUCGACAGUCGGUGUUUUCUGGUGUAGGAGUAGGCUGGGAGGAAGCAGGGUGCGGCCAAACCAGAACAUGACAUCAGUCCAUGAAGUCACUAAUAAUCGGACUGAACCAUGUUAAUGGGUUUAAACUGCCUGGUUGAGGUCCACGUGAUAAUCGUAACCAAUCGUUAGGGUCUUUCAAUGACACGGCUCGAAGUCAUUUGCAAAGGUACAAGUGUGUCUAUUCUUUGUCUUCUUUCAGACGAGUUCGUAAAUUUUUUGUCUUCAUUUCACCAAUUCAUAUUGUCUCGAAUUACACCUUCAAUACCUAAUCUUUCCUGUUACCACUGAUACUGAAUGUAUGGAUAAAUGUGGCUGUGAAAACGUGUUUAGACAGAGCUUUACUUAAUGCUUCAAUGGGAAAGUAAGUAAGCAGAUAAAAAGCAAAUAGUUUUGCUUUUAUGAACUCUUUAAAAGUGUUCUUAUUGGUUUUUUGUUCUGGAUGACAAGUAAAAUAAGGACAUGACAGAUGCUAGUCAGUCAUCUACAUCGUAGGACCAGAAACAUGCAUCAGUCCAAGUUGCCACACUUCAUUAGCACAACAAGGUGAACACCGAAUUCAUAGAAGCAGUUAACUCAAUGGUAGCAAUAUAUAAAAGAAAGAUUGCGUAUAAGGAUAUAAUAAAGGAAGAAAGAAUUAGUUUGUAGAAAGAAAGGUAUAAAGCAAUUUUAAUCUCACGGUUUAAGGGAAAACAACGAGUGUGCAAACCUACGCCAGUUUGGUCGAUUCUGAGCAAUGUCACUCAGAGUCUCCAACCAUUGGUUACGAUAGUCGUGUGGACUCCAACCACCAACAUGGCUCAGACCAGAAGUUAGUGACUUCAAGGACUGAUGCCACGUUUUGGUUUGGUCGCCCCUAACUUUCUUCCAACCAUCAUCAACACAGGUUAGCAUUUCACAUCGUGGUAAUCGGCGUUCAGGCAUACGUAACACGUGGCUCAACCAUUUCAGUCGAUGAAGAUUCACAACCUCAUCAACUGAUUUAUCAUCAUUCCCCAAUACUGUGCGUCCAAUCUCACUAUUACUUACCAGGUGAUUCCAGCAAAUGCAAGCAAUAUUCCUAAGAUACCUGUGAUCAAAUAGCACCUGUCGAAUGCUAAGAUAUUGUUCAGUUACUUCAGAACUAUAACUAGGUCUUAUCUAGUCCUUCGAUAAAAUAAACAAGUUUAGUUAACCCAGUCUCACUAUACGACCGCUUUAAAAUCCCAGAAACCAACGUUUUCUAAUAGCUCUUGGGGGUGAUGAGUCUCCAACUAUCACAGAAAUAAAUCAAUUUUAAAAUCAUAUAUUCAGUAUGAUAUUAGUCAGUUGGUUUUAAUUUGUCUUUAUUGUAUUCCGGACCACUGUGAUUUUGUGAGAAGUGAUGACUACUCAGUUUAAUAAACUUUAUGGUAAAUAAUCAUUAACUAGUCGAUACAUAAUUGAAUAAACCUGGAUGUAAUCUAAUUUUCUUCGGUUUUCAUCAAUACACCUUUCCUUACAAAACUUUUCUGUUUUCCAAUCAGUUAUGGGAUGGUUGUUGAAGCGUUAUUUGUAUGAGUCGUACAACCUACUCAGUUCGUAUAUAUCCUGUCGUGUAUUGAAAAAACCUUCCACUAGUUUGUAAUCAGAAAAUACCGAAUCUAAUCUCAAUUCACAACAGCAGUUCACUAUUUUCUGGACAGGAUAUGGGUGUUUGUGUAGAAUGCUUGAGUUACAGUCUAAUGAGCACUGCAUUCAAUUUCACGAAUAUAUUAACAUCUAGGAGGGUGAAAACUCUACACAUUGGUUAAAGGGUCUCAUAACUUCUGGUAGUUACUGUGUGACUGGUAAUUAUCUCCAGAUCACUGUUUGGAAAGUAGGUAAAUAAACGUUAUUCACUGGUUGUUUGUCUUGAUGAACAAUGUGGGUUUGUAUUUAUUUGGCUGUUCUUAGCCUUCUUCCACUCUGUAAUGACCAGUAGGGGUUGUCCAAAGAUUAGUUCGUGGAUUCAGAACUUAAGAACGUACCCAAAUAAAGUAAUGUCACAUAAAAAGGACCUAAUUGUAUCUUUCUGCACUGCAUCGUAUGAAAUAUGUGAUGUAAGUGAUGCUUGUCUCUGUUUCUUGUUUCGACGUUAAGAAUUUUACUUUAUUUUAAAGAAAAAUUAGACCCGGUUAUUGAAUGGAAUAUUUUUGAAUGUCAAUCAGCAACAAGGACGUGAUUUCAUUAUCAAACUUUCUUCAUCCCGAUCGGAUUUCUCGUCAAACACUACAAGGUAUUAGUAGUGCAGCGCAACAGCAAUUCGCUAAAUCAGACCGAUAUAAACUAUGCCGUGUUUUAAUGUUUCUCCUUCAAAAUGACUUCCUUCAUGAUGCAAUAAUUCAUUUUGCAGCUGUUUAUUUAUUGUGGGACUUGUGGAAAUCAGAUAACUCUUCCAUCAAUAACAAUCCAUUCACAGAGUUUUUAAUUUCAUUUAUGCAGGAUGAAGUGCAUUGCAAGUUGCCGCGAUCUGCAAUUUCAAUGUUUCAUACAAUUCUUCGUCAACCCGAUCAAAUCCAUGAUGUAUGUGGCAGUGUGUUUUAUUAAUAUGCUUCAAAAUUUAUCCUUUUUACGAACAGUUUCUAAAGUAUACUCCAGCACAGAUAUUUGAUUUACCGUAUCCUUCGACUGACAUUAGACUUGAUUGGGAUCUGGUCCCAGUAGCCAAUUCACUGAAAUCAUCUGGCCGUGUUUCGAAGUUCGCUGACUCUGGAAUGGUUUGUAUUGUUCCUGAUGAAGAUAUUCCACGUUCUUUUGAGCCAUCAUUUCACCUGCAUAACACAGAUGAUUCAUGUGGUACAUCUGAAUUACAACGUCAAUGUUUAGAUUCUCUUUUGUUACGUAGUGAACUGUUAAUAGGUCGCAAUAAUGUCUUCCCAGAGUUUCUUCGUAUUUCCCCACCUUUGUUACCAUGUCCCCAAGGAAUUAAUCAGAUUUUAUACAGUUUAGAUGAAGAAAAUGAAUCCAUCAGUCGUACAGUUUCCAACUUUAGUCCUUCAGAGAAAAGAUCUAUCAAGAAGUCUAAACCCACUUAUGGCUGGUCAGAAGAACUUAUUUGGCUUAAUCCAGACAUUGUUGAGCACGAUUUCCAUUGGAAUAACAGUAUGGAACUUGUUGAUAUAACAGUUGAGCUUCGUCAUUUGGUUUCCGCAGCCAUGACAUCCACUUUAACCCAGUCGCAGCAACAAACUGUUGUUCAAGCAAUUAAGGAUAAUCCAGAUGUUAUUUAUAAUGUUGGUAUCACUCCAGAGAUUGUACCGAAUUUCGUUAACCGUAACCCAGUUAUCGCUAUUGAAGUUUUACAAUUGUUGAUUACAUCACCGAAACGAGAUGAGUACUUAAAUGCUCUGCUAAAAAUGGAAGUUACUGUACAGUCAAUUGAAGUGGUAAAUCGACUAUCUACAAAAAUUACAUUACCUACAGAGUUUAUACAAGAUUAUAUAUCGAAUUGUUUAGCAUUUUGUUAUUCAGUAAAUGACAAAUUUUAUCAAAUGAGACAUGUUCGUUUAGUAUGUGUACUACUACAAUCACUUAUCAGGAAUAACAUAUUGGAUAUUCAUAAUCAGGAUAUCUUAAUCGAAGUGAGGACUUUUUGUUUAGAAUUUACUAAGGCUCGGGAAGCGACCACUCUUCAUAGACUUAUUUUGAAUAUGGAGAACACUAACACAGCUUCAUCGGCUACAACGUUCAGCAACAACAUUGGCACUUCUACGACUACGACUAGUCCUACUUGUUCAUCAACUGGUAUACCACAACAAGACAUUUCUAAUGAAAAUAAAGAAACCUCCUAAUAACUGGGUUACUAUUUUACAUUACAGAUGAAUUGUAUAGAUCAUAAAUAAAGACACAAAGGUCUGAUUUUUAUUCAGUGAUAUACAGUACUGAUAAAGCGAAUACUUAUUUGUUUAUAAUCCUCACAAACAGUUACCUGUUGACAUUAUUGGUAUAACUCCCCAUGAAAGUAUGAAGAAGGAAAUUAAAAUUGUUCAAAAGUUUAUUGAUUCAUCGCUACUACUGAAGCAGAAAAAUAAGUUUACAAGUUGUAUAUAUAGUGAAGUCAAAAAUAAAACAGCAAAGAACCUUUUGUCGCAAACGUCUUCGCACUUUGUUAGAUUGCGAACCGCAUUAGUGAUGAGCGUUUGAGAAAUUGCCGUCUUGUCCAGUUAUUGCUAAUUCCAAAGUAAAGGUGGUUGACUUUUCUCUCGACUUGCAUCGCGAAUCGUUCACCAUAUUUCUGAAUGUGUUUUCUGUACAUUCUUUAGCGUCGUCGAGUCCGUAUAUAUUCUUCACUCCGUCUGAGUAAUGACCGUUGUGUUAUUUUGUAAGUUGUGCGUAUUAUUUAACUUCCAUCUACUGCAAUGCUCAAGAAGUUCAUGGGCAAUACAAUUUAUGUUUCUUAAUUGCUUAUGCUUAACUUGUAAGAGUUCGUCUUUUCACAUAUGCCAGUAGCAUAUGGCGGCAAGGAUAUCGGCACGUAACAAAUAUUCUACAAUCGCACUCACAAGUGCUUAUAUCCACUUCAUAAUGCUUUCCACAGUCAACCAUGAACAACCAGUCGCCAUUUUCAUAUUCUGACGACAAUCUCCUGGUCCAUGGGUCACAAACCAUUCGUGAACUACUACAAGGAUGAUUGUGAGUCAUGUAUGAUUUUGUGACAUAUUCUUGAUCUUCCAAUCUUAUACGGAACCUGGAUUGGGGGUUUACAAACUUAGACCUUAAAUGUCACAUACUAAAAUUCUCACGGUUCUUGAUUCACUGACAGACCUUCGGGUCUACGUUUACGACCAUACGUGCAAUGAAACACCGUAAACAAGUAUUUAAAUCUCAUAUCCUUCAGCAGUUCACUUUCUGCGUGAAUGUAAUGGUUAUGGGUAGUCUGAGAAGGAACUACCCAGGUUCAAAUACCUGUUUGUGACGUUUCACAGCACAUUCAGUCAUAGGCGUAAAUCAGUUCUGACAAUGGAUCGAAAAUCGUGAGAAUUUUAAUAUGUGACAUUUAAGGUCUGAUUUCGUAAACUACCAAUCCAGGUUCUGUAUAAGAUUGGAAGAUCAAGAAUAUGUCAUAAAAUCAUACAACAUGACUCACAAUCAUCCUUGUAGUAGUUCCUGAAUUGUAUUAGUUGCCAUAGAUUCACACAACCUGUUGACUCCCGAGCAGCAUGGGUUUCGUAACAAGCGUUCAUGCUUGGCUAACUUAUUGCGAGAGAGGAUUGGACAGCAGCCCCAGAUAACGGUCUGUCUAUCGAUAUGAUAUUCAUGGAUUGUAACGGAAAGAGAACGGCGAAAAUCCCUCUACAGCUUCUUUGCUGAACAGUAUUGUCACUUAUUUGUUGCUUCUCCCUGUUGUGUAUUUUAAUCUUCGUUCAGAUCUCGUUUAAUCACAUUUUUUAUUCUUCAGUCUUCCUUGUUUGAGCCUUUAUUAUGUGAUUUUGAUUAAAGACUUAUCUUCUGUUACCUCAAGGUCAUGGCGUGGUUCAGUUUGUGACUGUUAACGUUUUGAUUGUCUGCUUGGGAGGAUUGCUGGAGUCCCUGCGGAUAGAUAUUCGAUCCCAUCUUGUUGGGAAUAUUUUUAUUGAUUCUCAGUGCGUUACUUUGCGUUAGAGAAACUUCUGACUGUAUAGCACAGGCUGUACCGUUUGAGGAAAAUGUACUUUUGAUAUAAUUUGUUCUGUUUUCUAAAUUAGAACUGUUUAUAUUGAACACAGAGUUUGUGUUUUGAUAUCAUAUAAUAC